AUGAUUAUAUCCUUUCCCACGGACUUACUUCCCUGUUUGAGUGACACAUCGAAUGUGUCACUAGGAAUCAAACGCGAAAAAUUGCCAUUGGACGUGAAGAACGAUUUUACCAAAAAAGGACAAGAUUUGCAAGGGAGAGGACCCCCAAAUAAAGGAGAAGGUUCGAUGACGCCACAGGGAGUUCACCUGACAGAAGAGUUCGCCCGACAGAAGAGUUCGCGUCCUCGAAGUCUGCAAGAUUUUCCUGCAAAAUUUUUGCAAUACGUAAGUGAUUCUUCUUACAUUCGAUUGGACAUUAGAAACAACGCAUUUUGGUGCAAUUGUUCUUUCAAACCCUUCAAACUGUGGUUGAAUCGCAACGUUCAUAAGAUAGUGGAAACCGAAGAAGUAAAGUGCAGUAGAUUAUUGUCGGAGAACAACACCGUUGUCGUGUCUUCCAUAUUGAAUUUUCCGGACGAUGCGUUUUGUUUGCCUCUUUUCCUCGCAUCGAACGUUCCUCUGAUCGUUUCUGGUUCCAUGUUCUCUGUGGUAAUAGUUGUAACAAUGGUAUUCGCUUUCUUCUUUCUGAAAUACAGAAACACCAUCUUGGCUUACGUGUACGUGCAUUUCCCUUCGCUGUACUGCUGCAAGAUUUCCGAACUGGACAAAGAUAAGGCGUUCGAUGCCUUCAUUUCGUAUUCCGGCAGCGACAGAGACAUCGUCAUGUGUUUAUUGAAGGAACUGGAAGAAAACGCUCCAUUCUUUAAGCUGUGCAUCCACGAGCGCGAUUGGAUACCCGGUUAUGACGUAAUAUGUCAGAUAGAAGCUUCGAUUAGAAACAGUAAGAAGACGAUAUUGCUCCUGUCCGAGGAAUUCCUGAACAGCGUGUGGUGUCAAGCGGAGUUUCAAUCGGCCUUGGUUCAGUCUUUGGAGGAUAAGAUGGAAAGAAUAAUUUUCGUAUUGAAGGAUACUUCGGUGUGCGACGUAGUUCCCGCGGACAUGCGCGAGUUGCUACUCAGCAGGACCUACCUGGUGUGGGGCGAAAAGUGGUUUUGGGAGAAGUUGAGAUACGCCUUACCUCGUUACUUGACUGAUAAACCGUUACAUCAUCAAGUUCACGAUGUAGAUAGAAUGAUCGCGGAAUUAAGAAGCGAAAGUGCAUUUUGA